AUGACCCCGACCAGUCACUCCAGACAUGACCCGACCCCACUCCAGACAUCAGUCAUGCUCUCCAGACAUGACGACCCAGACAUGACCCCAUCAUGCUCCUCCAGACAUGACCCCGACCCCAGUCAUGCUCCUCCAGACAUGACCCCCAGUCACCCAUCUCCUCCAGACAUGACCCCGACCCCCUCCAGACAUGACCCCGACCCCAGUCAUGCUCCUCCAGACAUGACCCGACCCCAGUCAUGCUCCUCCAGACAUGACCCCGACCCCAGUCAUGCUCCUCAUGUCACAGACAUGACCCCGACCCCAGUAUGCUCCUCCAGACAUGACCCCGACCCCAGUCAUGCUCCUCCAGACAUGACCCCGACCCCAGUCAUGCUCCUCCAGACAUGA